ACUCGCACUCACUUUUAAGUGUGUGUGAGUGUGUGUGAGUGUGUGUGUGUGUGCAGAAAACCAACAUGGCAGAACCCGCCGCCCGACCCGAGGGAACAAGCGGCGGCAUUGUGAUUAAAGACGACUGGCCGGGCUACGAGUUGGACCUCUUCAGCUACCCGGCGCACUACUGCGGAGAUUUAGACUGCGUCUUCAUCCCGCACGGUGUGAUCAUGGACAGGACUGAGCGCCUGGCUCGAAACAUCAUGGACGACCUCGGGGACCACGACAUCGUGGUGCUGUGUGUGCUGAAAGGAGGCUACCGGUUCUGCGUGGACCUGGUGGACCGGAUCAAGUCGCUCAGCCGCAACUCCGACCGCUCCAUCCCCAUGAGGGUCCACUUCAUCCGGCUCAAGAGCUACCUGAAUGACCAGUCCACCGAGGAUCUUCACAUACUCGGAGCCGAGGAUUUGUCUUUUCUAGCCGGAAAGAACGUACUGAUUGUGGAGGCCAUUGUAGGUACCGGAAAGACAAUGGAGACCCUCCUGAAGUAUGUUGAAGCCUUCAGGCCCAAAUUGAUCAAAGUCGCAGGGUUGCUGGUGAAGCGAGUGCCACAUAACGCAGCGUGCCUUCCUGACUAUGUGGGCUUUGAGAUACCCGAUCGGUUUGUGGUCGGAUAUGCCUUGGACUACAAUGAGUACUUCAGAGACUUGACUCACAUCUGUGUAAUCAGCAAAAGUGGGAAGAUGAAGUACAAGAUCUAAAAGGCCGACUGCGAGUGUCAUCGAAGCGGAAAGCCUGAACCUUUUUUUUCCCCCGAGUCGCUUCUCGCUUCCAGCUGCCGUCGUGACACUCGAUCUCCAGCACGCCCCGUUUUGUUACAGCAUUCUUUCCAAGAACCGCUUUAACAGACACUGACAUUUCACCGGUGAAUUUAGAAAAGCCAGUAGAUGCUUCACCGACAUUUUAGAGCAGACUUUAGUUCUUCAUGUUAUCAGAAAACGUUUACUGCUGCGGUUUGACUCCAGCACAAAUCUGUUUCACUACUUGAAUACCACAUAAACAACUUGACAAUCAUGACUUUUUAUGAAGGUUUUUUUUUAGUCUAAGUCAGAAAUGCCAAUAUUUUCUAAUUAAAAGAAGUUGUUUGAUUACAAAAUUGUUGACUAGAAUAACAUCUUGUUAACCUGUUCUUUGCCUGGUCGGUGAUUCAUUAUUUUACAUUCUCCUCUACUGUUACGGGGCAAACAAAGUAGCUCUUAAACUAACUACCUCGUUUUGUUUGUUCUGCAUUCACGUGUAAAAGGACACUUUGGUCAUUUCUGUAUUUCCUUUUAUAAUAGAACAUACCAGAAGUAUGUGUUUUUAACAACUCUGUGUUAUCUCACUGCAUUCUUUUGUUUAUUCACAAAAUGCAUUUUCAAAUAUUGAUAAAAACAUGGUGCGUUUUGGAGUCGGAGAGUCUCUGAGUCAUUGUGCUGAAUGUGGUGUUUGAAUCAUGCAUUUUUAUACAAUUGAUACAAUAUUAAAGUGCUGUUGAAGACAUUAAAAACAAGUGACUCUUUAAAA